UACCACCGCGGCUCAGAUUUGUUGGGAACUCGACAAAUACAAAGUUUGGACCUUUCGCAUCUUUCCUUAGUUGACAGGUUAGCACUCAUCUACACCUUGGAGGCCGUCGUCCACUUCCGCGCCUCCUAUUGGGAGAAGCACUAUGGAGGUCGCUGGCCUAGUCGUUGGUGCGUUUGGAGUUCUGCCACUGGCGAAAGAAUGCCUUCAACUUGCGAAUAAGCAUAUUGGUCCCUCGAAGCAUGACACCACCGAACUCAAGCUUCUCACCGGCUGGCUCGACGACAUCAUUCAGAUGAUUGCGAUCCUUCACCCUCUUCUAAAAUCGGUUGACGCAGGUGGACAGCCACUGCACGCACAGUAUGACGAAAGGCUGAGAGACACCUUGGACCGAUGUCGCCAGGCAUUUGUCGUCCUGAACGAACGCCUCUCUGGGAAAAACUUCCUCAAGAAGUGGUUCAAAGGGGCCAAAUUUGAUCAGAAACUUGAGACGCACGUACAAGCGGUCCGUGAUGCCCCAAUAUUGCUCAUAAUGGUGGCACAGGCGAAUCAACAGUUCAUCAUCCAGGAGACGAAACAGUAUCUCGAACAGAUCCCCAAAUCUGUGGACGGAGUCCACGACACUCUAGGCGAACUGGGUCAAGCCGUCGAGAAUUUUCGUGAUGACUUCCGCAGCACAGCUGGAGGCAUCCAAGAUCAACUACGGCAGAGAGCGGAAGCGGAAAGCAGACGUGAGGUUCUUGAUUGGGUUUCGACGCGAACAUUCGUGUUGGAACAGCCUGACUUGCUCAACUUGAGAUACGAAAGAACCGGUACCUGGUUCCUGGAGUGCCAGAAUUUCAAGACAUGGUUAUGUUCCCUUUGUUCCAAGGAAAAAUACCGGGUUCUCUUUUGCUCUGGUGGGAUAGGAGCUGGAAAGACUAUGAUAACGGCGACAGUGAUCGACCAUCUUCGUAGCAAAUACCGAGACCGUGAUGGCAUUACUUUUGCGUAUGUGUACUGCGACUACAAGAACCGGUCUCUGGACACUUCAACGUCUCUUUUACGAUCUAUCCUGAGGCAAGUCCUCGAAGCCCUGCCUCUCCUACCUGUCGAGUUAGAGAAGAUGUACGAACGCAAAGAUACGCUCCCCUCGACACUCGUCAAGGAAAUACUACGAGAGUCAAUCCUCAUGAUUACGGGCUGCUUCAUCGUCAUAGAUGCAAUAGAUGAACUGGAAGUCUUUGGAUCGAACGAGCGCGCACAGAUGCUGGACAUCAUCGACGACCUACGGCGCCAGCCAAACGUUAGACUAUUCAUCACUUCACGACCGAUAGAUGCCAUCAGCUGUCAGUUCAAUCCUACAAAUUCCUUGAUACAGGAAGUCUGCGCAGAAACACAAGACUUGGAAAGGUAUUUGGGAGGACGCGUGCAAAAGCUGUCGGCGGUUCUGCGAAGACAUCCGGAACUCCAAAACAAAGUCAAAGAUGCCAUCAUUGGCGUUGUCGAUGGCAUGUUUCUCCUAGCACAACUAUUUCUAGAUUCUUUCGAGACCGACCUCAACGUCGCAGCUGUCAACAAGCGCUUGGGGGAGUUUCAGAGAGAUGCAUACAUCGCUCAGUCAGGCCCCAAUGGCAGUGAUGAAUGGAAGCGUCGAUUGCUUUGCAAAGCCUAUGAUGGUGUCUUGGAAAGAAUCAAAACGCAAGAACACAGUGGCAUAGCAAUGCAGGCCCUCACGUGGAUCACACACGCCACAAGACGAUUGCAGAUUAACGAGCUGAUAGAAGCUCUCGCCGCUAGCUUGAAUAACGGACAAUUGGAAAAAGACAGCAUGUAUGAACCCGAAGACAUUGCUUCCGCUUGUGGAGGCUUGAUCGUAGUCGACAAAACGUCUGGCAUCGUUCGCUUGAGCCAUUAUGCACUACAAGAAUAUUUCGAAGCAACUGAAAGGAACUGGUUUCCGCGUGCUCACUACGACAUUAGUGGAAUAUGUGGACAGUUCUCAAAGUCCAAAAAGAGCCUUCUAGGAUACGCCGCAAAUAAUUGGUGUGAGCACGUUCGUCGAUCAGAGGCCCCUAUCCUUCAUGAAAAAGUCCAAGAGUUGCUCGAUCAGAGGCCCCAUGUCGAUUUUCUGGCCAGAAUUGGUGGUGACACAGAAGCAAGCCCUCUACACGUGGCGGCGGCCCUAGGUAUCGACAUUGAAGUGACACGAAUUCUUUCUAAUAACAAGAUACAAUUCAUGUCAAGGAUAUCAAAAACUGGACACCGCUCUAUUAUGCGAUCUUUUAUCGAAACGAAACCCCUAUCCGGGAGGGCUCUGACACCAGGAUGGCUACAGGCUGCCCUUGUCGAUGCCAUUUGCAACGGCAAUCUGAGAACAGUGCUUCGGCUUCAUAUUGCCCAAGAACUACUGUCUGAUGAACGUACAAACGUUGAUCUGAAGGUUGGACUGAUAUCUGCCCCGCGAUCCGCUCUCUCUCAUGCCGUCGAGCGCAACCACGAGGCUAUGGUGGAGCAACUCCUCGCUGCGAAAGCCAAAGUACUUGAGAGCUUGCCUUUCCAAGUGUCUAUGAACAGGAGUAGAUAUGGCACAUCUUUUCUGAAUGUUCUUGACGGUGCUGUGGUCCAGGGAAAUCCAGACAUCAUGGAGAAAGUGUUUCGACAGGCACCACACUUUGACUUCAAGUCUAAGCAAGGGCGAUAUCUAACCUGCACAGCCGCUUACUUUGCCUCUUUGAAUGGUCUCAAGUUCCUCAUCGAUAAUGGGGCGGUGGCAGACGGCGCAGACACAACCAGAAGAACACCAUUUUCCUAUCUCGUGGAAGGGCUGAAAUUCUGCGAUUUUGAUAGUCCAGACGGUGGUUACGAUGGAACACACAGUUGUUUCCUACAUUUUCGAUUUCCCUAUUACCAGAAGCCGGCUUCUUUACGACGAGUUCUAGAGACGGCGCAAUUGCUGAUCGACAAUGGGGCGCAGGUCGACCUCAGCGACCAGCAUGGACGUACCGCCUUGUCAUACUCUGGACAUAGUCCAGAGUACACAGACUUAUGUCUGCAGCUAGAGGCCACUGUGGAUCCCAAAGACCUCAUUGGAAGGACACCUUUAUCAUAUGCUACUGAAAUCCCGAAUAGUGACGGAUCCGUUGUUGGGAUACUUCUCCUACAUGGAGCCGAGCCGAAUUCGAGGGAUGUCGCGGGAAGGACGCCCUUGUGGUUCGCAGUUCAGGCUGGAUCUUCGGGUAACAUCCGUCGUCUAAUGAGCUACUGCGCGGAUUCUGCUCUGGUGAUUUCCAAGGAUGGUUUUGGGAAGAAUGCCAUCACCAUGUCAGUUAAAUGUGCAUUGAUCGGUAGCACUGAUUGGAGCCCUUCAUGCUUUGAUGAGUUGCUGCGUUUCAAUGCAGAUCCAUCAGAGGGACCGGAGAUUCUGGAUCAGCCAUUACUCCUGGCAGCCAGACUUGGCCAUCAGAAAGUCUACGAACAGCUUCUGGAGAAGGGUGCCUCGAUUGGAUAUAAAGUGCCACUUCAACUCGACUCUUUAGCCCGAGAUAUGCUCAGGCAAAAUUACGUCUGGGUCACUAUCUGCUCAAUAUGCUGUCGGCCUAUACCUGCAAGCGUUUGCUUCCAGGUUUGCAAAAUCUGCCGCAUAACCGUCUGCUUGACGUAA